AUGGGUAGUGCCUACCAUUGGGAGGCUCGGCGUCGGCAGAUGGCAUUGGAACGGAGGAAGGGGCUGAUGGCUCAGCAGCAACAAGAGCAGGAAGCAAAAAAACAGGAAGAGAAGAAACAGCAUUUUGAGAAAACAUCUCAGCCACAUCAGGAUUCAAAAGGGCCCCAACAAGAUUCAAAAGGACCCCAACAGGAUUCAAAAGGGCCACCACCUGCACAGCCACAGAAGGCACAAGCACAGCCACCACCACCUGGGCCAAAGUCACAAAAGGAGCAAGUCCCUCCAAAACAGAGCACCGUCAAGGACUGUCUUCAGAAGGACACCCAAAGGCAAGGACCCCAGACUAAACCAACGGGAGCUCAACAAGACUGCCAGCAAUCCUGUAAAGUGUGUGAUAAACCCCCAAUCCUUCCAGGCCAUGGUCACACGAAUGCUUGCCAGUCUAGCUCUUCUAAAUAUUCCAGACUCACGUCAACUAAUUACAUCCAGCAGUGGUGAUCUUCUAGAGAUGGACUCCAAGACCUGAUGAUACCACAAAGCAAAAACAAAACCCAAAAAUCAAUCAACCAAACAAAAAACAACCACCACCAAAAAAAAAAAAAAAAAAAAA